CGGCGAUUCCAUCUCGACACACGACCCAACCUUCAUCCCGAUCGCCAACGGUCCUUCGCAAACGAGCGUAAUCACACGCGCGCGAAAAAAAAAGAGAGGGAAGACAGAGAAAAGACAGGGACAGGAACCUCCCCCGCGUUCUUUCGUUCUCCGAUCGAUCGCGCCCGAUUGAAGUUCGCGCGAACCGGUGAGAGCCGAUCCGCGACGCAGGAGAAAGAGAAGCCGAAGAGGAAGAUCACCGCCCGUGCCUGACGCCGACUCGACUGGCAACAGUUCCACAUUUACGGAGGAGAGAAAAAGAUAUAUCACGAUGAUAAAGUUUGCUGUGGUAACGAUGGUAUGCCUCUUGGGGCUGAAGAUGAUCGCUGCUAUGCCAGUGGCAGAUCACCACGAGGGUCAUGAACCGCAGCCAGUUGCACCCCUCGAGGAGAAACCCGCGGUAGAAUCCCUGAAGGCGGCGGAGACGCCUUCGGAGGUCGCGCAGAGCAGCGCAGCCGCGGAACCUGCAGCGGCUAGUCAGCCGGUGCAGCCAGCGGCCGAGCAACCCGUCGCGGUUGACGAGCCUGCUGUGAGGAGUAGCGAAUCCAGCGAGGAGAUUCAGCCGGUCGAGGCGAAGAAGGAGGAGCCGCUGCAGCCGGAACAGUCGAAGGUGGAACCUCAGGAAGCUCAAGUGCAGCCCAAGUCCUCCGAGGAACAACUUGAGGAGAAGGAGGAGCCAAAGGUAUUGGCCACCGCUGAGGCCGAAAAGAAACAGGAGCAAGAGUCCCUCAAGGAAGCGGCAUCCGAGACGAAGGAGGCCGUGCAGCCAGUGCCGCAGGAGCAACCGGUUGAAGUUCCGGUCGAGAAGAAAGAGGAACAGGUAGCCGUCGAAGGCAAGAGCGCGGAGGCGGUUGAACCCGCGGCCGAGAAGCCCGUGGCUAUCGAGAAGCGCGCUGACGACGUCGUCGAGAUCGCUAAGAAAGAACCGGAGGAGAAGAAGCUAGAGGAGCCGGCGGCGCAACCAGCCCCCAAGAAGGAAGAGCCCGCGGAAAUUCCCACAGUCGCCGCCACCGAGGAGAAGAAGGUUGAAGCGAAGCCCGAACAACUGAAGGAAUCUGAGAGCUUGACCCACUCGCUCGCCCACGCCAAAAUCGAGGACAAGCGCGUGACCCGCGACGCUGAGGAAUCCGCCGCGCCAGCCGCUGCCGCCGUCGCCGCCGCCAAUGUAGCUGCAGCUCCCGUUGCUCAGCCACAGGAACCGGCCCAGCAGCCGCAGGAGAAAUCCGCGCCAGUCGCCGAGUCCGAGCAGCCUGUGCAGGAAGCAGCCGCGCCGGUAGAGGAACCGAAACCCGUCGAGAAGAGCGAGAAGGUUGAGAAGAGCGAGCAACUAGAGACGGCGCCCGCCGAGCAGCCGGCUAUCAAAGUCGAGGAGCCGAUCAAGAGCGAGGAGAAGGUGCCCGAGGUAGCUGCCGAAAAGGAGGCUGAGAAGGAACCGAAGAGCGCCGACUCUCCUCUCCCUCAGCAAGCAGAGGUGGCUAAGGAACAGCAGCCUGUGCAGUCUCAGGAGUCCAGCCAGAUUAAGCGAGACGCGGCGGAGGUGGCCGAGCUACCUCAGGCCAAAUCGGAGCUUCCGGCUGUCGAGGAGCCGCAACCGGCCCAACAGCAGCCACAACAGCAGCCGCAACAGCAACAGCAAGAAGUCGCCAAAGAGGUGAAGGAACGCUCCAACGACUCCUCCGAAGAGAAGUUCGCUGAUGACAGCAAGGAAAUCAAGAGUAGCGAGGAAGACAAGUCUUCCGAGGAGCAGAAGGACAAACCCAAGCUGGGAGAACUGCUCCCGAAGCCCGAGCAGUAAAUCUCGGCGUCGGGGACGGUUUGAUUGAUGAAGUAACCUCAGCAGCGCGGCAGCAACAGCAGCAGCAGCAUCAUUUCGAGGAGGAGGAGAAGGAGGAUCGCUCCUCUUAAGGAUCGGGACGAGCUCAGGCAUCGGCGUCUCUGGCCACCGGGACGCGGGCACGAGUUCGUCGCGAGACAACAGGAGCGGAAGCGAGAGAGAAAGAGUGUGUGUAUGUGCGUGCGCGUGUACGAUUGUGAGAGAGAGAAAGAGAGAGAGAGAGCGAAAAUGCGAACGUCGGAAUGCCAGAGUAAGAAGCACUCUCAGCGACGAAUCCGGAAAGUGUGAAAGUACCGCACAAGUGUGAAUGAGAGAGAGAGAAAGAGAAAAAUAAAGAGAGAGAGAGAACGCGAAAGAGCGACCCCAUCGACCCCAUCGAUCUUUCUGUAGGGUAGGGUUGUCCGAUCUUCGACGGCGCACUACGAUCUCGGUAGCGCAUCUCCGGGAGCGCGGGACGAUCGCGUGUUACCGGUUGCCGCGACACAGGCGAACGACACCGCGUAUCGAUCGUACCUUCGAUACGCGGCGAUCGACGCCCGCGAUCCGGCGUUCCGGCGGACGGCAGACGGAGAACACGCGGCGGUCCAUCACGGGAUGCGGCUCGGCCUCGCUCCGAGCAGCAUUCCCGUUCGUCCUGGCGGACAUCGCGAUCUGUCCGCGGGGACGAACUCUGUCCCUCCCCCUAAAUCGAUAUCUUUCAUCCCUUUUAUAGAUUUCCCCCUCCCCCGCGUCCCAUCCGAAAAUGACACACCACUGCAACACCCGAUAAACUCAUCCUAAUAAACUAUGUAGUAAGUAGUUCGACUCUCUCUGUCUUCUUUUUAGAGAUACAUGUGUCAUUAUUAUUAUUAUUAUUACGAUUUAGUACCAGUACCACUAUUAUUAUUAAUAUUAUUAUUUGUAUUAUUGCUAUCAUCAUCGUUAUAAUAAUAAUUAUUAUUACUGUGAAUCUCCUGACGGUCUCGUGUUACUACCAAUCGCCCAUCUAUGGAUCGUUCAUAUUCGUUCACGAGCUGUGAAUUCGAAUUUUAUCGCAUUCAAGACUUAUCCAGCAUAUACAAAGGUGAAAAAUUAUAGAAUCCAAAUUUUAUAUGACAGUAACUAUCACGAGAUUCUACUCGAUUCUUCUUACAUAAAUGGGGAUAUUUUUCAAGCGAGAUAUUAAAGCAAGCAGACUUUCGAGAUUCCUGUUGUAUACAACCAUACGUAAUUUUCCUCUAAUACGCAAUAUUCCGAUACAUUACGAAUGUAUGUAAAAUUUCACGCAAACUGCUCUUUUCAAAGUCUAGAUUAUAGUCAGUUGUAAGACUGACUUCGAGUUGCAGCGUAAGGCGCAAUUUCGCUCGGCAAGAGUUACGAUCGCACGAAGCAGUUGUCGAGUAUCCGCGUGGUGUCCGGGAAACGGACUCGGUUGAGUGAUACAUCCAUGAAAAGAUAACGGAGCGGACGCGAGAGGAAUGGAUGCGAGAGAGCCACAUUCGCUGCUGCGAAUCGCUCACCGAUAAAAGCCACUCGAUUUGUGCAGAGGCUUGCGUUAUGACGUUAGAUCGUCGUGAUAAGCCGCGAUUUGUCAAUCACAACGUCGCGCUUCAGCAUCGCAAAAACGACCAGGAUCAACGCCGCGGGUUGUAAUAAGUUAACGAGUGACUCACGAAGUAGCACUUAGCCGUUCUCGACAGCGCGCGUAGAGUACGUACAUAGAGUACGUACGUACGUACCGUGUCAGAUACGAUAAUCGGAGGCUUCCGCCAGCCGAUAAACAUCUUCGCACUUCUCUAACAAGGCACAACGAGCGCGCACCGGCAGCGAAUUGAGUAAAUGAUAAUACCCCCCUUAAUUUACGACCCUUAACCCUUUACCGUUCCCACUUUACUCACAAAUCGUUUACGUUACGCAAUAAGAUCAAAUAAAACGUGUCUUUCAUUGCAUUUCA